AUGGAAGUUGAUAUACCGAAUAAUCCUUUACUUGAAACAACUAUGGGUAAUACUUCUGAAUUGGAAGGCACUAUUCCAGAAAAUGCUGAAAAUCAUACUCAUCAAAGUGUGGAUACUAAAGAAUUGGUUACUACCACAGGUAGUGACGACACUGCUCUUGAAAAGGAACCUUGUACCAAUUCUGAAACCAUGUCAAUCGAUGUCAAGAAGUCAGACGAGAACACUUCAUCUAUAUCUAAUAUAUAUUAUCCUCCAAGUUGGGCUUUAAACUGUUCUCCAUCUUUAGACUAUAAAUUAGAAGUAAUUAAAAAUGGUUUACAACUAUCAGAUUGUACAGUUUAUUUAUCAUCUCCUCCUUCGGAUAUCAAUUUACAAUCUUCAUGUGAUGGUUUAAGCUAUUGCCUAUUUGGACGUCAACCUCAAUCCUAUUAUUGUACACCAUCAAAUAAUAUGAAUGGACAAUGUUCAGUACUUGCACAUCCUUCCAUAAGUCGAUUACAUGCUGUAUUACAGUAUGGUAAACCACCGCAUGCUAUAGGUCAUGUACCAGAAACUGAAAAAGAUACUACUGGAUGGUAUUUGAAAGAUUUAGAAAGUACUCAUGGUACUUUUGUCAACAAGAGACGUUUACCUCCAGGAAGAUUUGUACGUAUUCGCGUUGGUUAUGUUUUACGAUUUGGUGGUAGUACACGUUUGCAUGUUCUUCAAGGACCAGAAGAAGACAUUGAACAACAAACUUCUCAAUCUUGGUCUGAUUUAAAAAAAUCUCAUGAAGAUUAUAAGAUGAAUUUUACAAUGGAACGUAAUAACUCAUCAACACAGAAUUCAAAUACUGUCAAGCUUGAAUGUAACUGGGGCAUAUCGUUAGAAGACCCUGUUCCCGAACCAAUUCCAACUUUAUUGCAAUCUGGAACUUGCUUGAGUCAUGAGAAAUUAUAUCGUGACGAUCCAAAACGGACAUUGAAUACAUAUUUUGAACGAGAAGGCAUUGAUCCUAUUCCACAAUAUGAAUUUGUUGAAGCUCCAUUUGGAAAACAACAUUGUCGGAUCGAAUUGCCAUUGAGUUCAGGUACGGUGACAGCAGAAGUUAUUGUUUCUGGUAAAAGAAAAGAAGCCGUCGUUGCUUGUGCUUUAGAAGCAUGUCAACUUUUGGAUCGUUUAGAUCGUUCUGCUGCUUCUAACUAUACUCGAUCACGAGCUUAUUGGGAAGAUCGUGAUUAUUAUUCAUCUGAUGAAGAUACAUUUGUUGAUCGAACUGGUGCUGUGGAAAAAAAACGUUUAAAUCGUAUGCGUCAAUUAGGAGUACAAGAUACUACUACUAAUGAUCAUCAGAUUAAAACACCAGACGAACUAUUGAACAAUAAUAAUAAUAAUAAUGUUAAAAUUCAUUCAAAAAAUGAAAAACGAUUCUCUCAAAAUGCAACUAUGAUUACUGUGGUAUGUUUUUUGGUUGUAUGUUUUACUCAGUGUGUAUUUACGGGUGCUUGUGCAUGUUCAUGA